CGAAAGUCUUCAAGUGCUCGCCACCACAAAACACAAAACAAUAAACAUGGCUUCGGAAGAUGACGAUUUCGUGAUGGUCGAAGCCAAGGAACUGCGGCCGGUGUCGGAAUUGCAGGCAUGGCUGGAACCAACAGACUACCUGUCUCCAGGCAACGAGUACAUGAAGCACAUCCGAUCGCAUGUCCAAGGAACAGGACAACAGAUACGUCGCUCUAGAAUUUUCGAGGCGUGGAAGAGCGUGAACGGAGCUGUCGACCACGGCUCUAAUUGUCUUUGGAUCAAGGGAGUCCCUGGAUCCGGCAAAUCUGUUUUUUCUGCAGCAACGGCGGAAGAGCUUCAGCGAGAGGGAAAUGUGGUUGUAUUCUUCUUUUUCCGCCAGAUCGUGGCUACGAAUCAUGAUCCAAAGUAUCUUGUCAGAGAUUGGUUGGCGCAAUUGCUGCCGCAUAGUGCGUGGCUGCACGCAAAACUGGAUGGACUCUCGAAGAGCAGACGGAGUGAUGAUGAGUUGUGGGAGAUACUAGUGCAAGCUUUACACAAGAUGGAAACGCCGGUCUAUUGUAUUGCAGAUGGACUGGAUGAGAUGGAUGAUCAGCACACCGACUUCAUCACAAAACUGAAAGAGCUUGGGACAGACGGACAGAACAAGAACCUGAAGCUGCUUCUAGCCUCACGGCCGAUCCCUCGCAUUGAAGACACCCUUCGCGACAACGACAUCGCCAGCAUGAAAUUGGAACCUGCGACGCUGUAUGAAGACAUCAACCGCUAUGUCGAGGUGCGACUGGAUAGCUUGCAACCCCGCUUGAGCCAGGAAAAGUAUCAAGAGGUCAAGGUAGCAAUCUGCGACCGUGCAAAGGGAUUGUUCCUGCAUGCGCGCCUAAUGACUGAUAAUUUGACCAACGGGCUCCAAGAGGGCACAAUCGUGGAAGAAACACUGCCGACAAGUUUGGAGCGACUGCCGCCGAACCUGAAAGCGCUAUACACUGAUAUGCUUGCUGAACACUCGCGUCGCUCCGGUGUCACACAAGAGCAGCAGUACACGAUAUUGCAAUUCGUAGUACACUCGAGUCGGCCUCUUCGGCUGAUCGAGCUGGGGAGUCUCGUUGCGAUGAUCCAAGAGCAUAGCGGGAUGACUCUAAAAGAGGGGAAAGAGCUAGUGAAACGCAGCUGUGGCCGGCUGCUGGAGAUUCUCGAAGAUGAGAGUGUGAGCGUGAUACACCAUUCCUUCACAGAAUUCCUCCGUGAUGGGGAGAGAGCGUCCGAGGACGGCGCGUUUCCGGUGCUGGAUAAAGAUAACGCACACGGCAUGCUGGUAGUCAUGUCAUUGAAAUAUCUGGAUAAGUGCAUAGUUCCUGAAGGCGCGCUCAAUGAUUAUGUAGAAAAGAAUGAGGACUAUAUGCAGGAGUACGACGACUUUGACUCGAGAGAUGGUCGUUCUCGGGAAGAUAAGAGGAAAGAGAAUAUCAUACAACAGCUCCGGGUGUCAUAUCCUCUUCUCGAAUACGUUAGCAAGAACUUGGAUCACCACUUAUCGGAAGUUAAAUCCGAAGAUACAAUCGUGUUGGAUGUACUCGAUGAACUCUUCCAGCCUGAAAGAGCAGCUUUUGCAAUUUGGUUGCUCGUGCAGUGGAAGUCCUACCGAGUCGGCAACAUCACGUCAUUGCAUGUCGCAAGUUGUCAGGGAUGGUAUGCUUAUGUGGAGCACUAUGUAAAAGGAAGUCGACCAAUCGACCAAAAAGACGCUGAAGAGCGAACACCACUUUCGUAUACGGCUGGUGCUGGUCACGCUGACGUAGUCGAUCUUCUCCUUCGGCAUCACGCGGAUCCUGAUUCUGACGAUCGCGAAGGGCUAAAGCCGCUUCACUAUGCAGCUUCUAACGGCAAGGUCGAAGCUUCGAAGCAUCUACUAGCUCACGGCGUGAGUCCGCUUACCGAAAAAACAAAAGAUACGCCAGAGAAUAUAUUAGAGCAGUUCGGAAGUGAUAAAGGCGAGACGCCCUUCCAAUAUGCGUGUCAGAGAAGCCACACAGAAGUUAUCAGGAUCUUUCUACCGCUAGUGGACAGCACGUGGAAGCAAAAAGCCUUUGGAUGGGCCAGAAACGUCGAGCAGAUCGACCUGGUUUUGGCGACGGGAGAGGUCGAAGUCGACAGGAUCAUGGGGGUCUCCACGAGACUGUUCUCAGCUGCGUUUAGCUUCAAUGUUGAUAUUGUCAGAGUACUCUUGGAACACGGUGCAAAUCCGAAUGCUCGCAAUCUUAUCAAGCGCAACCACAUUGGCGAUGCUCACGAAAAGCGCUAUAGUUCCAAAGAAUGGUCGGACUCGAUGGGGCCGACUGCUAUGCAUGCAUGGGCCGGUUACACUCACUGGGGCACUACAUACGACUCCGAGGGCCGCUCUGAUAAGUGUUUCAAGCUUUUGAUGGAUGCAGGGGGUGACAUCCAUGCUCGGGAUGGAGAUGGCUGGACCCCGCUGCAUUGUGCUUGCAAAAAGCCAGAAAACGACCUCUUUGGCGGUUCUUUCGGCAAGUACAAGGACUCUUUGGUCAGUGCGUUGCUGAAAGCUGGGGCUGAUCCGAACGCGCGUUGCAACGAAGGUGUUCCGCUUCAGAUCACGCAACGAAAGAAUGUCAUAGAGAUGUUGGUGACUCAUGGGGCGGAUAUCAACAGCAAAGACGAUCAAGGGAGGUCGUUGUUGAUUGCGCAGCUGCAGCCAUGGCUUACAAACGAUGUUCCCGCAAUCAAGAAGCUGUUAGAACUUGGAGCAGAUCCCAGUACAAAAGACGACAAGGGAAACACGGCAUUGCAUUGGCUCAUGAGAUGCUUUCCUAAAUUGGCUGAACCAGAUUUGGUUCAAGCUUUCAUUGACAAGGGUGUUGAUGUUGCAGCACCGAACAUAGCAGGUAAUCCAGCUUUUCUGUGCAUCGACGAGAAUGGGAACAAUACCAACAGAUGGUCAUUUGACGAGAAGGGUCGUGCGACUUAUCAGAAGAUCUUCAACAUACUAUGCGAGGCGGGUAUGGAUAUGAACACCACUGGCCUUGACGGCUUCACAAUCUUGCAUAAGAUGUUGACAUCAUACAACCAAAAUGUUGAAACACUAGAGUUUCUGAUCGAAUCCGGCUGCAGUCCACUCGUGCGUGACCAUGCCGGCGCGACGAUGCUACAUCGAUGUAUGGGUCGCAGCCUGAGUGACUGUAACAAGCUGGUAGACUUGCUCGUUCGACGUGGUGUGGAUCCAUUGUCAGUAAGCCAUGCAGGCAAUAAUCUGGUACACGAGUUAGUCUUCUCGGAAGACUCAUACUACUCCUUCAAACAGAAAAUCAUUAAGUUGCGGGACUUUGGUGUUGCAACAGAUGCGAGGAAUCACGACGGCCAAACUCCUCUUCAUAUCGCUUGCGGAAAUAAUAGCACACAAAUGGAUUCAAUCAUCGAGGUGUUACUGGAUAACGAGAUUGUUGCAAGGGGCGACGUCAAUGCCAGCGAUCACGACGGAGCGAGACCCAUACACUAUGCUGCGAUUACCAGCGAGAGAAAUGUGAAGUUACUGCUGGACCAUGGUGCUGAUCCGGAAGUCUUGACGUAUGAAGGGGUGUCUCCACUGCAUCUAGCAGCUAGGACUGGUCAAGCAAACAUCGUAGGCGUCCUACUCCAGGAAUACAGAAACAGGGGAAGUUUGAAACGCAUGGUUUCGUUGAAGCAUGGCGAGUACCAGCGUCACACAGCACUGCAUCACGCAUGUAUUGUGGGUCGUCCGGAGAUAGUACAGUAUCUUUUGGAAGCAGGAGCAGACGCCAAUUCAACAACUUAUCAAGGUUUAACCCCACUACAUGUACUGGCUGAUAAGCAGGAGAAUGUGGCACCACGUUACACUAGUCGAGACAAGCUGGGAAGACGGGUUUUUGCAUUCAAGCUGUCUGACGGAGACAUCCGUACAGCUUCGAUAGAUACCCUGGCCAAGCAUCGAACUGACGACAUCGUUGAAAUACUGUCGCGUGCAGGAGCAGAUAUGCACCACCAAGUGGAUGAUGGGAAGCACCCAUACGCGGAUGGAAUUCAUACGCCUGUAGACUAUGCUGUUUCGAAGGGUUGCUCGGAGCUCGUGAUCGCGUUCAGGAAAAGAGGCAUUCAUGCAAGCAACGUUCUCCUAGAGGGGAUAUUGAGUGAUCAAAGCCGGAGUAGCGUGGAUAUCAAGAUGUUUAUGGAAGCCGACAAAGAACAUAGUGUAGCUAGAGGGACCACAUCCGGCACAGGUCGUUUGCCUGUCACAUCGACUGCCGAGGAAAAGGUCAUGGCAGUGUUCAAGACGCACAACUACGACCUGCUUCGCGCAAUGGCCCGGCACAGCAAACAGUUUCUUGUAGAGACGGCUCAUGCUCUUGCUAGAUGGGGUCGUGUCUUUUUGUUGGAAGAAAUCCUCGAGGGAAUCGAAGACGUUGAUGCAUACACAACCCGGAUUUCGGACGACAACGAGUGUAUGACGUUGCUAGGCCAGGCAUGUGAAAGCAAACUUCCCAAUAUGGAAGUCAUCAGAUUUCUAGUGGAGAAGGCCAAAGUGGACAUUAAUCGUCCAUUCCAAUCUCGGUGGCUUACGCACUCUGCCCUCCAUGUGCUUGCUCAGGGAAACGUCUUUUGGCAUAUCGAGGCGAUAUCGUACCUCGUUUCCCAUGGAGCGAAAUUGAAUGAACGCGAAGAAGCCGAAGACGAAUCAGGUAGAUUUGGCGAUACCCCUCUCACCAUUGCGGUUGCGUCCAAAUCGAAAGUGUGGAGCUAUCGAAUAGCCACUAUUCUUCUUGAAAAUGGCGCCGAUGCCAACAAAGCCAACAAUGAAGGGAACACACCACUUGACCUAGCAGACUCGGCUGAAAUGGUCACGGCUCUCGCAAAACACGGUGCUGAUAUAAAAGAUAGCCGGCCCUUGCUCAAGGCUAUACAAGGCUUGAGGGUGGCCACAGUAAAAGCGUUGUUGGAGGCGGGAAUAGACCCCAACAAGCUGGGAAUGGUUUUUUCCAGAGAAUUGCGCUACCCGCUGCACAAAGCUGCCUGCCCGAGUUCUCGUAUGAAGAAGGACUCCUUUGGGGGUAAUAAAUGUAAAGACAUUGUAGAUACACUUCUCGCGUACGGCGCCGAUCCUAUGGCUCACUACGAAGAUGGAACUACCAUCAUCCAGAAAGCCGUCGAAAAGCACGGGUUGCACGACUCACUGAUUAAAAACGCCGAUAUAGAUAUCAACCGAAAGGGCAAAGGAGGUCGUUCGCUGUUGAUAUCUUCGUGCCUGCCACUAAAAAAACAAGCAUCCUGGCAAAAGAACAAAUCCGAAGUCCCCGUUCGCGCAAGUAUAAACCUCGCAAUGACACUCAUCAACAAAGGCGCAGACAUCAAUGCUAGAGACGAUGAUGAACGCACGGCUCUGCACGUUCUUUGCACAUCGCCCACUGAGUUCAACGAUAAAGAGCGAGAGGUGUUCACAGCCCUCGCAACCAAAUCCCCAGAAUCGAUGCACGCGUUCGACUCGCAAGGGCAGACUCCAUUCCACCUUGCCAUAAGAUCGAAUCAGCAAUGGGCAACUGAACAGCUCCUCGCGCGCGGCGUCGACCCUACCGUCCUAGACCGCGACGGAAAUAACGUCCUCCACCUCCUCUCCCCCAAACUCUUCGCCAAAAAAGCAGCAGCUGCGCUCUCAUCAGAGGUAUUCAAACAAUAUGUAGCUCUUGGAGUACCUAUCAACACCCGCAACAAAGACGGCGAAACGCCUCUUUCAAUCUUCAUCCAGCAAUCCCACCACGCCACCCUAGAUCGCUACGGAGAAUCAUACAUGCAUGAAUUCGACCUCAAGAAAAUUACAGCACACACUGAAAUGCUCCCGCUUUUCGUAGAAGCAGGAGCGGACCUAUUCACCGUCAACGACAAAGGCGAAGGAUUGUUACAUCUCACUGCGGGACGCCGGUGGAACGAAAUGAAUGUAUGGCAGGACCAAGCGAAAGAAGUGCAGAAUACGUUCCAGGAGCUGUUGAAGUUGGGAUUAGAUCCUAGAUUGGAAGACGCGGAGUGUCGGACUGCGAUUGAUGUUGCUGUUGCAACGGGACAUAGCGGGAUUGUGGAUUUAUUUAGGGAGGAGAAGAAGGGUGCGGUUUCUUCUGAUAGUGAGGAUGGGUCGGGGGAGGAUAUAGAGAGUGAAGAGUCUGAUUCUUCGGAUGGGAGUAGUUCGAGUGGCUUGUGGUGA